AUGAAAGUAACGUCCAAGCAAGUCUCGGAAUGGUGCGGUGAACCAGCUUCGGAUGUCACUGAGCUCAACUUGUCGGGCAAAGAUAUCACCAAUGUCGACUCGAUGGCGGAAUGUACCUCUUUACGCAAGCUCAACCUUAGCAAGAACAUGCUCAAGUCUAUAGACGCACUAGGCAGUUUGCCAUCGUUGACCUGGUUGAGCCUUGCACAAAACCAACUCGAGAGCGUACAAGGCCUUGAAAGUCUGGAUAAGCUCAAUGUGCUCAAUCUCAGCGGCAAUCAAUUGACCACGAUCGACAAAAGCAUCAGCAAUCUUUCAAGUCUGAAAGCACUCAUAUUGAACAACAAUCAAAUCAUCAAAGUGGGGGAUAGUUUGGCAUCUCUUUCUCAAUUGAAUACUCUUGUAUUGUCGCAUAAUAAGAUCAAAGCACUUCCAUCCAUAUCUUCAUUGUCACAACUCGCCAAGAUCUCAGCAGCACACAAUGAAUUCACAACCAUCCCCGACUUUUCAGCCAACACUGCUCUGAAAGAAUUGAGAAUGAACGACAACCAUAUCGACAGCUUGCCUGAUACCUUACGACAAAUCACCACGUUGGAGAUCUUGGAUCUGGGCAAUAACAAGUUAUCCCAAUGGAGGGAUAUUGCUGCUCUAGGAUCAUUGAUGAAACUUAUCAACCUUAAUCUUAAGGGCAACCCUGUCACUGAGAAGGAUGGAUAUCGUGAAAAGAUCCUUGCCCUUGUGCCAUCUCUUCGUGUGCUUGAUGGCCAACGUUUCGAUAUCAAAUUCCUCGAAAGGAAAAAGAAGCAGGAAGCAAACUUCAAGUUGAUGGAGAAGAAGCAGCGAUUGAAACGCGAGAAGCAGCUCAAAGAACAAGGAAUGGCAGCAGAUGAUGAUAACAAGCGUGGCAAAAAGAGAUCCAACGCCGAGUCAGAAGUAUCCGAUUCCAAGAAAAGGCGACGAGAUGACAAGGAUGUUGAGGAAACCCAGCAUGAUAAGGAUCUCGUGAAAACAACAAAGGAGGAUCAUACAACAAAGAAAGGAACAAAACGAGCUGCACCAGCAAAGGAGGAGCAGGCAUCUUCCGAGAACAACAAAGCGACCAAGAAAUCAAAGACAUCCAAGCAUGAGGCAAGGGUUGAAAAGGAACCAAAGGAACCUUCCAAGAAAAAGGACACUUUCUUCGCUCCUCCUGAACCAGAAAAGACUGAUAAGCAACGACCGAUUCCAAAAGAAAAACCUGCAGUGGAAAACAAGCCAACAUCCAAAACUGUGCAGCAGCGAUCAGGCGUUGUGGGCAUUGUCGACAAGACCAAAACCCAAAAGAAGGGACCAACAAAGAAAAAAGAGAAUGAGAACAAACAAGAUAUUGUGGAUGCAUUGCUACAUGCAGCUGAAGAAGAGGAUGACCCUACUGGUACUGGUUUAGGCAUUGGUGGUUGGGACGAUUAA